AUGUUGUACGCUUCACACAUCUCGUUUUGGGGAGGCGACAAUGCGACAAAUCUCAGCAAAUACGACAAUAUUUACCAACGAGCUACCCCAGGUGUGUUUUCGAUGUUGUCCACCAAAGAGUUACCUAGAGUGGAAUUCGGACGUUUGCCUACCAACGAGUUACCGAGAGUGGAAUUCGGACGUUUGUCUACUAACGAGUUACCGAGAGUGGAAUUCGGACGUUUGUCUACCAACGAGUCACCGAGAGCGGAAUUCGGACGUUUGUCUACCAACGAGUCACCGAGAGUGGAAUUUGGACGUUUGUCCACCAACGAGUCACCGAGAGCGGAAUUCGGACGUUUGUCCACCAACGAGUUACCGAGAGUGGAAUUCGGACGUUUGUCUACCAACGAGUCACCGAGAGCGGAAUUUGGACGUUUGUCCACCAACGAGUUACCGAGAGUGGAAUUCGGACGUUUGUCUACCAACGAGUCGCCGAGAGCGGAAUUCGGACGUUUGUCUACCAACGAGUCACCGAUAGUGGACUUUGGACGUUUGUCCACCAACGAGUUACCGAGAGUGGAAUUCGGAUGUUUGUCUACCAACGAGUUACCGAGAGUGGAAUUCGGACGUUCGUCUACCAACGAGUUAGCGAAGGUGGAAUUCGGACGUUUGUCUACCAACGAGUUAGCGAAGGUGGAAUUCGGACGUUUGUCUACCAACGAGUUACCGAGAGUGGAAUUCGGAUUCUGA